UGUUUGUCGCGGCGGGGAUCGGGUUUGGAUCCACGUUCAGGAAAAUGCCUUCAGCGUGGUACCUGCUGGCUCGUGCGUCCUCCCCUGGUCGCUGUUGAGGAGUUGCGGGCAAUUCACUGGGAGACAUCCUAUUCUGAUUUCGAUUAAAGGAGGAAAGGAAGGAAGAAGAAGAAGAAGAAGCAGGAGUGGAGGGAAAAAGCCACACCCGAGAACUCAACCUCUGAUUUGAUUUGGAGACAUAGGUGGUGUUUGUGGACAUCAAUGCAGAGGCAGGGGAGAAAACCGAGAGAGAAUUCCGCCAAGAGUUUGGGGAGGAGAAAGUGAGGUUUAUUCCCCUUGACGUCACAAAUGAGGAACGAUAUCAAACUGUCUUCCAGAGUGCAGUAGAACAUUUGGGUCAUCUGGACAUUUUGGUGAACAAUGCUGGUAUAGUGAACGAGGGACCCGGCUGGCAACGGGUGAUAGCUGUCAACCUGACUGCUGUGAUCGUUGGCACAAAACUGGCCGCGGACCACAUGAGGAAAGACAAGGGCGGAAAGGGAGGACGUGUUAUUUGUACUCUGUCUGUUGUAGGUAUAGGGGACGCUUUCCCGACCCCUGUCUACUCCGCCACGAAGAAUGGAGUGAGGGCUUAUGUAACCAGUUUGUGUCAAGACCCAACUCUCCCGGACCAGGGAAUCGAAUACGCGAUGAUCGCCCCCGAUGCUGUCGAUACCCCGAUGAAUCGGGCCCUGGACAAUACUCGAUUCCUUUUCUGGGAUGAGCUCAAAGAUUUCUUGCUGGAGAGACAGUUGAAACCACAGACAGUUGGAGAAGCCCUCCUACAACUGCUCCGUAGUGACGUCAUCAACGGCGCCAUCUUGCAAGUGGACAAUCAGGGGAAGACUUUCCGCCACAUGGAGUGUGUCAACGACGGUGUCACCUUUGACCCCAGCAAGGUCUUCAGCACCUCAUUUUAUGCCUUCGAUCAGCAAUGAUUUGACCUAGUUCUUAUUAUGAUGUUACAUGUUGUUAUUGUUGUUCUCGUUGUUGUUGUUGUUGUUAUUGUUGUUCUCGUUGUUGUUAUAGUAAGCGCUUUACUGUUUUUGCAACACAAUAAACUGGAAAUCUUACUUAAGGGGUGGGUCAAUUUAUGGUAUCUGGAUGGUUAAAGUAUUUUAAUACUUCAAAUACUUGUAAAUCUUUUUUAAAAAAUGCUUACUCUUUCUGUUGCAAUCAACAUCUCUCAGAAUUCUCUUUCCUUGAACUUUUAUUUUGCCCAUUAUGUAACAAAAUGCUGUUUUUUUUCUGAAAACUUCAAUUUUUUAUAGUUUUUCUCAUCUGAUUUUUAUUUUCUGUUUAAUUUUAAUGAAAUUUUCUGGUUUGUUAUUCACACCAUAACCUAAAAUAAUGCAGGUCGAAAAGCGAAUCGAUGUAUUCAUGAGUGAGUUACAUGGACGAUUAUGUAAUCGAAUUCAGAGGCAUGAAGAGGAAGGUCAAUUAUCUGUCUUUUUUUCCUGUUCAAGAUAUCCAACAUCUCAACUGUAUAAAAUUUUGUGUUGAGUAUAUCUACAAAUGUCCCAAAUUUAAACAAAUUUGAUUAGUAAAUAAAACAAUCUUUUUUUUACUUUUAUGAAAGUUGUUUAUUUUCACUAUGGCCGCCGUUACCAUGGUAACCGUAGACUUAAAAAGAAAAUUAAAGUUACAUUUUA